UUCGGGGAUACGCGCGGAAACGACCACAAUUGCAUCAUGAAAAUGCAGGAUGCACAUCAUAGGCCCUGUUGCAAUAACAAUAAUAACGAGGAAUACGGUAACUCAUAUGACAUUUGGCAAGCGGACGAUCCGGUUGGUAAACACCGCGGCGGAUACGAAAAUCUUAAAGUAAAUCAUACCGAAGACACUGGCAGAAUACAUUUUGAAAAAAGCACGUCGGACUGUUGCGACGGCGAAGAAGACCUUUCGAGCAAAUGCAAUGAGAUCGAGAACAAUCGUGGACAGGACCAUUGCUCCGACGGUAAUUCAGAGUCGCACCUGUACAGAACAAUGAACGAAAAAGAUGGAUCGAAAGAAGAAGCGUCGUACUCUCAUCAAAGUGGUCCAAAUUCAUCGAACGGUCAUGACGAAAGCGAACGUAUGCGGGGAGGAUGUGGCGGACCGUGUGGACCUCGUCCAAAGGUUCUAUGUGGAACGAUAAAAGCUGUUGAAACUACUUGCCACUGUGCAAAAAGAGAACCAGAACCAUGUCGCACAAUUGUUACAGCCUGUGCAUGCUCGUCACCGUGCGUCGAUAGACGUGGUUGUUGUCCAUCGAUGAACGAUCGACCGAUCUGCAAGAAACCGAUUAUCAGAUGUCGUCAACCGUGCACAGCAGAGUCUCAAUCCUGUGGUAGUGGAGGAUGUUGUGGAAGUGGUUGCCGUGGUGGUUGUGGAAAACCUGGGCAAACAUGUAUGCCAGCAAGACCAUGCACCAUACCACCUUGUCGACCGUGUUCACCUUGUUCUCCACCUCGACCUUGUCCUCCCAUACAGAUUUGUUGUUGCGGCCGAAAAUGUGGAAAUUGUGCAAGUGCUGGCACGAGUUGUUGUCGGUGAGGAUAUUACGAUAUCGUUGAUACUUUAAAGGUAAAGUUAUAACGGGUACCUGUUCAGUACAUCGCGAAGAGA